UCUCCACCAAGCACAAUAAAUACAGGUGAGGCUGUCCCUUAUCCAUCAUUGCUUGGACGGGAUCUUCCAAAAUCAUGCUCCAUUUCCAACUCAGCACCACACUGUUUUUGGCAACAAUAUGUUUGUUCCAGACAACAGUCUCCAUGGAGACAGUCAUCACCUGUGACAAUGGCAGUAAUGUCCAACGCUUGAGCUGCGAUACCGGAGUGGUCCGUGUGGACGCAGCCCUGUACGGACGUUCAAACAGGGAGACCUGCAGUGAGGGCCGACCUCCACAACAACUUGCCAAUACAAGCUGUUCUCAAAAGGGCACCGUGAAUGUCUUGAAGAAUAGGUGCGAUGGCAAGAAGGUGUGUGAGAUAAACACAAAUAUCGUCCGUACCUCUGACCCCUGCUUUGGAAUCUACAAAUAUCUGGAGACCAGCUACACCUGUGUCCCAGCAAUUCCUGUUGUUGCAUGUGAGGGGUCCUCGGCAAGUUUGUCUUGUGAUGAAGGGCAGGUGAUAUUGGUGAUAGGAGCUGACUACGGACGCCAUGACCAGACUACCUGCUCCUACAAACGGCCUGAAUCUCAACUUAGGAAUGUGGACUGCUCCGGGCCCACUAGCAAGGUUGCUGACAGCUGUAAUGGGAAAAACAGCUGUACUGUCGAUGCAAGCAACGGAGUGCUUGGAGACACAUGUGUAGGCACUUACAAGUACCUGGGGGUGGCUUACGUGUGUGCAUAUCCUGAUGUCACUCCUCAUGAGGAGGGCAUAAGACAAAGGCCACAGGGCAGAAUACGACGGAACAGUAUUCAGGGCUACAAAAUGGACGCCAGCCCAUGUGGACACUGCCCCAUCAUAAACAACGUGGAGUUUGAUCCUCAGAGCGAGCUGAGCAAUCUCCUUUUCACAUUUCAGCAAAUCAAGCAUGAGCUGUCAGCUUUGUCCAAGAAAGACCACUCACGCUAUGACUGCUGUGUGGUUAUCAUGCUGUCCCAUGGGACUGAGACCAACAGUCAGACUGGCUGUCCCGUCACCAUCAUUGCUUGGACGGGAUCUUCCAAAACCAUGCUCCACUUCCAACUCAGCACCACACUGUUGCUGGCAACAAUAUGUUUGUUCCAGACAACAGUCUCCAAAGAGACAGUCAUCACCUGUGACAAUGGCAGUAAUGUCCAACGCUUGAGCUGUGAUACCGGAGUGGUCCGUGUGGACGCAGCCCUGUACGGACGUUCAAACAGGGAGACCUGCAGUGAGGGCCGACCUCCACAACAACUUGCCAAUACAAGCUGUUCUCAAAAGGGCACCGUGAAUGUCUUGAAGACUAGGUGCGAUGGCAAGAAGGUGUGUGAGAUAAACACAAAUAUCGUCCGUACCUCUAAUCCCUGCCCUGGAAUCCACAAAUAUCUGGAGACCAACUACACCUGUGUCCCAGCAAUUCGCGUUGUUGCAUGUGAGGGGUCCUCGGCACAUUUGUUCUGUGAUGUAGGGCAGGUGAUAUUUGUGAUAGGAGCUGACUACGGACGCCAUGACCAGACUACCUGCUCCUACAAACGGACCGAAGCUCAACUUAGGGAUGUUGACUGCUCCGGGCCCACUAGCAAGGUUGCAGACAGCUGUAAUGGGAAAAACAGCUGUACUGUCCAUGCAAGCAACAGAGUGCUUGGAGACACAUGUGUAAAAAUUUACAAGUACCUGGGGGUGGCUUACCUGUGUGAAUAUCCUUUGCUGACUCCUGACAUGUGAACGUUCUGAAAUUACAUCACAAUAAACAUUUACA